AUGGCCGGGAGCGGAGCCAGGAGCCGUGAGCGUGCCUUCGUCCCAGGGCUUUUCGAUGGAGCCAAUGUGGCCCCACACCUCUGGCUGCAUCGCUUUGAGGUCAUCAGCGACCUCAACCACUGGGACCACAUCACCAAGCUGAGGUUCCUGAAAGAGUCUCUCAGGGGAGAUGCCCUGGGGGCCUUCAAUAGUCUCAGUCCCGAGGACCAGGGAAACUACGGGGCUGUGAAAGAGACCCUCCUGAAGAUCUUUGGGGGGCCCGAGGCUGCCCACAGCCACCUGCCCAAGGAGAUCGUCUUUGCCAACAGCAUGGGUAAGGGCUACUACCUCAAGGGGAAAAUUGGCAAAGUGCCCGUGAGGUUCCUGGUGGACUCCGGGGCCCAGGUCUCCGUGGUCCACCCGAGCUUGUGGGAGGAGGUCACCGAUGGCGACUUAGAUACGCUGCGGCCCUUUGAGAAUGUGGUGAAAGUGGCCAACGGGGCCGAAAUGAAGAUCUUGGGCGUCUGGGACACGGCGGUGUCCCUGGGCAAGCUGAAGCUGAAGGCAGCCUUCCUAGUGGCCAACGCGAGUGCGGAGGAAGCCAUCAUUGGGACCGACGUGCUGCAGGACCACAACGCAGUCCUGGACUUCGAGCACCGCACGUGCACACUUAAAGGGAAGAAGUUCCGCCUUCUGCCGGUGGGAGGGUCCCUGGAGGAUGAGUUCGACCUGGAGCUCAUAGAGGAGGAGCCCUCCUCAGAGGGGGCGGGGCAGCAGCUCGCUUGCUGA